UGAUUAAAAUCUUUUCGUAGUAUGAUUGUGUUUUCCUUAUUCAUGCAGAUUCCCUCGUGUUUAGGUGUUCGGAAACAUCUAUUCCAAAGUUUUCGAGUAUAACCAACUCUCGUUGUGGUAACUUCGCAAAAAGCCUUCCUGAAAUUUCAAUCAAAGAAGCAAUUCGAUUGGGAUACAAAAGACAUGUAAAGGAAAUCACAAACGUUGAAACAAAUACAAUCGAAAAAGAGGAUGUCUGGCUUUGUAAUGGAGAAGUGGUCACCGAGCCGUCAUAUUUUAUUCAUGGACCUCCGCCGUUCCUUUUCGUGGACAUUGUCCAUCCCACUAUAGAUUAUCCAAAUAGUGAGGGAAUAGUGCAGGUAGAUCUUAAUUUCCAUGAUAUUCAACGUAGUAUUACAGUUGGUUCAACAAUGUAA